AUGCCGGAGUUGGUCCGGCAUCAUGAGCAAGAUACCCUGCUCUUGGAUCAACACUCAGCAAACAGGUUGCUCAACUCGACAUAUCCGCAGUCUCCCAACGACGGCGGCAUAGACGAUGCUGACGAUCUAGCAUCAGAUGUUGCAGUACUAGCGUUGAGUGCCGCUGGUCGAGAGGCUCAAUACUUUGGUCCGUCUUCUGCUUUGUCCUUUGCGCGGGUUGCUGGCGCGACCUUUGGACUGCACAGAAGACACGAUGGAUCGACAGUCGAUGCCCACAAUGACACAAGAUCUGCAGACCAGCAUCGCUCGCUCGAACCACUUCAGCUCCCUUCAUUUGCAGUCUGCCAGAGAUUAUCUAGGGCGUAUUUCGAAAACAUUCAUCCUCAAUACCCUUUCCUGCACAAGCCAACCUUCGGCGUCUGGGAGGAACAAUGUCUCCAUGCCCAGCAACGCGGAACGCUCGAGGCCGCUCCAAAGGUCGCGUUGCUGUUUGUGCUCAUGGUAUACGCGAUUGGCUCACUGAUUGUAGAUAAUGCGCAGCAAGAUGCGGCCGAGACGUACUACGAAGCCGCCCUUGACCGAUUGCAGCCCGUGGUCGACAUGGAUAGUCUCGAGUCAAUACAGGCGGUGCUGGCGUGUGCUGUAUACUCAAUACGAUCUCCGGCUGGAGCCUCGAUUUGGAAGCUCUCAGGCAUGGCGAUUCGUCAUUGCAUUGAGCUUGGAUACCACCGUAGUGCAGCACGCUUUCGUCCCAAAGUUGACCCUCUGACAAGCGAAAUGUCCAAGAGGGUAUUCUGGGUCGCGUACGAUAUUGAUCGGGCUGCAGCGUUUGCCUUAGGACGCCCAUUCGGUAUACCUGAUGAGCAGAUUGAUGUCGAGCUUCCCAGUGACAUCGAUGAUUCUGCGAUAACAUCGAGCGGCUUGGUAGGUGUGCCUCGCACCAACGUAGCCGAAUCGCCUGGACCGCUGAGCGGCGCUCUGCAUAUAAUCAAGCUCCGCCAGUUGUGGUCGAAGAUGAGUGACUCGUUGUUCUCCGCAACAGCCACCACAAGUGGCAGCGUCUGCAGAAGAGCACUUGCCGCAGUCCCACUUCUCCGUAAUCAGUUGGACAGUUGGAAAGACGCCAUUCCGCUCCCAUGCGAACCACCCGCCGAAGGACAUAGCACCGUGUUUGGCUCGAACGACUGGUUCCGACUCGCCUAUUGCCACUCCAUUCUACUGCUCUAUCGCCACUACCUCACGUGCUCGCGCAACUAUGGACCGGGGCACGAUGGGAUGCGUUGCAGUCCGGAGGAAGUCGAUGCUGCUUUUCAGGAAUGUUCAGAUCGAGCUCGAGAGAUUUGCCUGCUCUAUCGACGUACUUACCAGCGAUCGCCCGUACGUUACACCUGGGGUUCACUCCACAUUCUCUUUCUAGGUGGCUUGACUUACCUCCACUGUCUGUGGGCAUCUCCUACGGUUCGCAGAAAAGUCCCUCAGAAAGACGUCAUCAGUACAUGUACAGCCUGCGCAAUGGUGCUGGUCAUUAUUGCGGAAAGAUGGAGUAACGCAGCUCCAUACCGUGACAUCUUCGAAGAGCUGGCUGAAAGAACUGUCGGCAUGAUAUGUGAGCCUCCUGAGUCCCAAAACCGGUUCCAGGUUGCCAGCAGCCCCAAGGAGCCGGGCAAACCUGUAUUAUUUCAUCGAAAUUCGCCUCCUUUCACUUCACUUGAUGACUCCGAAGUCACACAGGUGGACGACUGGAUGCUGAAUUUGGGGCAUCUGAACGUUCCAGAUGAGUCGGAAUGGCUCGUUGAGGAUUUGCUGCGAGGUUUCACUGAUCCGCAAGACGAUAUGCAAGGACUCAACAAUCAAGGAUUUUGA